GCCCCUCGGUACUCCUAGACAACACGAUAUACGAGUGGUGUUCCAACAGAGAAACAUACCCCUGCAAUUAUAUUCAACAUGGCUAUCCUGAGACUCCACUUCCUCCUUACGGCAUCCCUAUGGCUUUGCAUAGGAGCCGUUGCGCAAAGCUGCACAUCCUACGGGGUCGACUACAGCAAUGGUGGCUCUUAUUACAUAGACUCAUCAUCAAAUGAAUACUUCAGCUUCGUCUCUCAGUUUCAAGGAUGUUCACGUGAAUCCAUAAGCCCCGUGCUGGUCGAUCCCGACAACAACCAGUAUGCAUGUUCUGCUAUCGAGAUUGGAAACUCAGGUGUCCAGGUCACUUCUCUAUGCUACAUCCCGUUCUCAGCCAUGAGGACAGGGCAAUGGAAGCUUGUUUUGACUGGAAGCCAGAUCUCCACGCAGCGUACCAUCAAUCUCAAAGUUGGGCCUCUCGCAACUACAACCGUCACUGCUACCCCAACCGUUAUUGUUGGCAUCACUAGUACUCCUCGGGCAAUCACCGUCGUGAGCACAAUCAUCCAGACCCAAACGCUGGUCCUGCCGCCUAAAACCACCACACGCGAUUGCAACAUUGGCCAAACUCAGACAGUGACUAUCUACCCUCCGACACGAACAGUGACGACACAGUCGAUCAUUGUCAGGACGUCGACAGCCGGCCCAGUGACAAAGGCACUUACCACGACGCUUGUCACAACUGCAAAGUGCCACUGGCCAACUAAAAAACCAGGUCUCCAAGCAAUGGCUGCGAUUGCCGCUACCACGGUCACUGUCACUCAGACAACAUCCACGGUCACUUACACUAGUAUCACAACUCUGCCAACACCGACAACCACCGAGAUCGCCUUAAAGAUAUCCACUCAAACAAUCACGCCUCCUCCGUUGACCGCUUGUAACAGCAACAAGCCCGGGGCUACAGUAACAAUCACCCGGGGAACCCCGUCAGUCAUCACAGAGACGAAAAUCGCAUAUGUUACUACGACGGUGACAGGAACAGUCUAUGUGGGCUCAACUGUAUAUUCCACAGCUACCAACCCAGUCAGUGCAACUGCCUGCUGGCGUGCUGGCGGAUGGUAUGGCCGCUAGCUUAUAUAAUUGGAUAGUCCGGCAUUGGUUGGCCAUGAGAGAAGAAUGGCCCUGGUCUGAUAUCAAGGUUUAGACCAGUUUGAGCCAUCCCGUCUAUCUGUACAGGGAAUGAUGUCAAUGGCAAACAAACUUUUUGCUCCAUGUCUUUUUCUAGCUGCCAUAAUUUUAUGAUCGUGCUGCGUUGUUGGUCAAAACCAACGAUUGAACGAUACUGAUAAUCGCGUG